AUGCCACCUGGUUGUCUCUCAAAACCAGUCAAUAAUCCAACAUCCGAUACUCCAUCUCACAGGUCCGGAGUAAACCACUGUCUUUUGGAAACCCUGCCCCUAACUCCCUCCUCUUAAACUACUACCACCACCACCACCACCACCACCACCAAAGCCACCGACGACAUUGGCACUGUUGGUCUGCUCAAACCCACCAUCAAUUUCUCUGAUCGCACAUGGGCGAGCAAACGCAAUACCAAUCGCAACCACAACCACAGCCACAACCCCUUCCUCAGCCCCAACCCCAAUCUCAACCCCAGUCCCAAAUCCAAGCCCAGGUUCAAACGCAGCCUCAGUCACAGCCCCACCAUGACCCCAUCACUUCUUCUAUCAACACCACCAUUACCACCACUGAAUUAAUCAGCAUCCCUCAGCAAACCGCAUCUCCUCUGGCCAAAAUACCUCCUUCCCGGCCUCGCAAAGUCCGUAAACUCUCUCCUGACGACGCCGCAACCACCGCCAACGACCCCAAUUCCUUGCAAAUAACCACCACAGCCAGCGACGCUCCCAAAACCACAGCGAAAUCAGCCAAAAUCAAAGCCACCCAACAGCGAGCCCUGGCUGUCGUAACCCCGCGCAUUAUUGCGAGAUCUUUGUCCUGCGAUGGCGAGGUGGAGAACGCGAUUCGACAUCUUCGCAACGCUGAUCCACUGCUUGCCUCUUUAAUUGAUCUCCACCCUCCCCCUACUUUCGAUACUUUCCACACUCCAUUCCUUGCCUUGACUCGAAGCAUUCUCUAUCAGCAGCUUGCUUUUAAAGCCGGUACUUCAAUCUACACUCGUUUUAUCGCUCUGUGUGGCGGAGAGGUUGGUGUCCUCCCGGAGACAGUUCUUGCUUUGACACCCCAACAGCUGCGACAAAUUGGGGUGUCGGGGCGUAAAGCUGGUUAUCUUCAUGAUCUUGCGAGAAAGUAUCUCAAUGGGAUCUUGUCCGAUUCCGCAAUUGUAAAUAUGGAUGACAAGUCCCUUUUCACUAUGCUUACUAUGGUUAAUGGCAUUGGUUCUUGGUCCGUGCACAUGUUUAUGAUUUUUUCUCUGCAUAGACCGGACGUGUUGCCCGUUAACGAUCUUGGGGUGCGCAAAGGGGUGCAGUUGCUGUACAAUUUGGAAGAGUUGCCCCGUCCUUCGCAGAUGGAUCAAUUGUGCGACAAAUGGAGGCCAUACAGGUCAGUGGCGUCUUGGUAUCUUUGGAGAUUUGUGGAGGCAAAGGGAUCGCCUUCAAGUGCUGUGGCAGUGGCAACUGGUGCUAGUAUGACACAGCAACAACAGGAGGAACAGCAGCACCAGCUGCAACCUCAGCUGUUUGACCCAAUUAAUAGCAUUAUCAACCUCGGUAACUUGUACAUGUCUCACAAUGUUUUUGUAACAUUUUUUUCCCCAAUCCCUACCAUAACGUCAUUUGAUCCAGGGCCUCUGCUUGGGGACAAUGAUUGGGACUUGGGAGAGUUAGUUGAUAACCUCUAUCAAGCGAUCAUUUGAGAAGUGCUUACAGAUCAGUGCAAAGAAGUUACUGGUUACUCAUGGUAGGUUUGGACAUUCGAAUAGUUAAACAGAGAGGUGUAUUUUGUCUAGUAAACAUGCUUCAAAAAUAAGAUUACAUGUGUUGAAGUUCUGUUGUCUUUGUUAAGAGACUGUUUUGUUAUCAAACUCUUACAGGAGAUCAUAGAUUUCAAAGAGCUUCACCGUUUGCCUUUA